AUGGCUCCACCAUCCUCUUACCAGAGGCUGCAGUUCUCUCCAACCAAAAGAACUAUGUCACCUGCAUCUUCAUCUAGUCUCAAAUCGUCUACUUCUUCAUCAUUAAGUGCAUCUUCUGAAAAAUUGAGUGAUGUGGACCCUAAAGAACGUUCCGGAAAACUAGAUAUGAAUCAAAUUAGUACAAUGACCUUGGAGCAGUUCAAAAACCUGCUCAACAACCAAAUUGUGCCGGCACCGAAAGACGGAAGCAACAUCAGCAGUUCUGUAGAGUCGAACCUCUCGCAGGCAGCAUCGACAACCGGGAGUAACUGUUCCAGUACCAAAAGCAGUCCUUCCAAAGUUUCCCGGCUUCAGUAUCCAGGACAUAAUAACAAGGAUGUUUCUAAAACUCAAUCAACAGACCAGAAAUAUUCCAAUCUUCAUCAGAAUACGCAGAACCUUAGAAUUCCGAGUAGCCGGACGCGUUCUCCGUCUCCUGAGUCUAAAACUUGUAUGAAACCCUCUGAAAGUAAUUCCAGUUCGAUCUCUAAUCUAAAUCAAAGCAGAGAUGUCACCAAAGGCAAAUCCAGUAGUCUCCUUCCAAAGCCGAACACUCCAGCUUCAUUGCAUAUAAACGGAGAUUCCAGAAUCCCCAUGAAAUCUCCUUCACAAGACUCCAGUAGACCUUGUACAUCUCAAAGUACAAGCCCCAGCUCUACCAAUUCCCAGUUUUCUUGUCCUGUCACUCCAAGUGAUAAAAGUUCUGUGUUUGAAACACCAAAGCAAGAGAGAAAGUAUAGUCGUAAUAACAAGAGUCUACGUCAAUCGAUGGAGGACCUUACUUUGGGAACUACUAAGAAGUCCUCAUCAAAAUCUAAAAUUGCAAUCCCUCGGUCCACUACGCCUGGACCGAGAGAUUUAGACAGUGGACACAAACUGUCUGUGAAUGUCCCUAGGAGAGCUUCGACUCCAGGUAUUCAGGAAUUCACACAUCGAAGAGGGGCAAAGCAGUACUCAACUGAUGAUACUCAGUCUUCCGCUGAUGAAGAUAACGAAGCACUCACCCCCACACCAGGUCGUCGUGGUAGUCUUCAGUCUCAGAGUGGCCUCUCUUCUCGGUCGUCCUCUACUCAGAGUCUGAAUACGAGACGAGAUCUGACAGUGGAUGAGACAAAGAACAAGCUAUUGUUACCAAGUUAUGUUGACAGAUGGCACCGCAGCAAGCGUUCUGCUUCGGCUGUACGCUACAACAGUAAAGAAACCCCCCAAGUAAUUACUGUUUCAAGAACAAACUCAGGAGGUCACACUGUGUCCUUAGCUAAAGCUCAAGGCGUCCCCAAAAUGAGUUCAGGGGUAGCAAAAUCAGGCAAAAAGGAUGCCUCCAAAGAUGCUGUUGGAGACAUGUCACGACCUGAUCGGAAAAUUUCCCAGUCUCCCAAAGUGGGGCGAGCCAAACACAUGGCAGCUAGUUCAAGUUUGAAACCCCGAUCUCAGAGUGUUGAUAGAUUCUCUCAGCGCCAAAGACUGGACAGUACAAGCAGCAUGGAAGAUGCAGCAGACUUGGCUCAGAACAAAACUCGUCCAUUGGGUCAACGUCUGUCUGAGUUGUCUAAGCCAGGAGCAACCAAGAACAGCACCGCAGCCCAUGGCAGCAAUGUGAAGUACAAUCGUUCACAACGGGCUGCAUCGUUAGCACAUGCUAAACGACCUCCUCCAGCUGCAGAACCCGAAGAUAACUGUGAUUAUGACCUGACUCCCUAUCCUCUGGAAGCAAUCAAAGCUGCCCUGAUUCCAGUCAAUGAGGUAUCUAAGACUAUUUUAGGCACACUUAACACUGGUAUUUUAGAUGGACGUAAUACUGUACUUUUAGAGAUACCUAAGACACUAUUUUUUGAGGUGCCUUACACUGUUUUAGAGACUCCAAAAAAUGUACUUUUAAAAGUACCAGAGUCAUUUCAGUACCAAACAGAAAGUCUUGCAGCAUUUGUUAUGGCUAACCAGGUACGAGUCAAUUGCUCCCAGACUCUUUUGGUAAUAUGCCAAGAAAAUGAGGAGGACUUUUUCGGCAAACAUAUCACACAGAAUGAAACACGGGUCUAUCACUAUGAUUCUGAGACUAAAGUGCAGGUGAAGCAAUGGAAGCAUGAUAACUCAUCACUUCCAGAGACGGCUCAUGUCCAACACUCAGCAGGAAAGUUGAUGCUCACAGAUUUUGAGACCAACGCAGAGUAG